UUCCCUAUAUUGUAUCGCAUAUUCUUCUAAUUAAGUUUACAAGCAAAAUGGCACUUUCUUCUCAAUAUUCUGCCAUCUCAACAUCAUCAUCUACAACCACUUUCUUUAUAGCUUUGGGCAUGCUUUUGCUUAUAGGCAGUUCUUCGGCUCCACUUUCUGAGGACUUUUAUGCUAAGAAAUGUCCGAAGGUUUUUUAUGCUGUAAAAUCAGUUGUUCAAUCUGCUGUCGCUAAAGAAUCUCGCAUGGGAGCGUCUCUGCUUCGCCUCCUCUUUCAUGACUGCUUUAUCAACGGUUGUGAUGGAUCAGUAUUACUUGAUGACACUUACUCCUUCAAAGGAGAGAAGACUGCUCCACCCAACAAAAAUUCUUUGAGAGGUUUUGAGGUUAUUGAUGCCAUCAAGUCUAAGGUGGAGGCACUUUGCCCCGGAGUAGUGUCAUGUGCUGAUAUUGUAGCCAUUGCUGCCCGUGACUCUGUUGUAAUUCUUGGGGGGCCCUCUUGGAAGGUAAAACUUGGAAGAAGGGAUUCGAAGACAGCCAGCUUCGACGAUGCAAGCAGUGGUGUGCUUCCAUCUCCCUUUUCUACUCUUAGCCAACUUAUCUCAGGGUUUCAUGCUCAAGGCCUCUCUGCCAAGGACAUGGUUGCCUUAUCAGGAGCCCAUACAAUUGGGAAGGCAAAGUGUUCAAGUUACCGAUCUCGCAUAUACAAUGACACCAUCAUUAACAGUUUAUUUGCUAUGGCAAGGAAGAAGAACUGUCCAAUAACAAUAGGCUCACCAAAAGACAACAAUGUAGCGAUGCUAGACUUCAAAACUCCAAACCAUUUUGACAACAGUUAUUACAAGAACCUCGUCAACAAAAAGGGUCUCCUUCAUUCUGAUCAAGUACUCUUCAAUGGAGGAUCCACCGAUUCACUGGUUAGACAUUACAGCUAUAAUCCAAAGGCCUUUGAAUCUGACUUUGUUAAUGCAAUGAUUAAGAUGGGAAAUAUCAAACCUUUAACUGGGUCAAAAGGGGAGAUUAGGAGGCACUGUGGGAGACCCAAUUAAAUGAGGCAAAACAAAUAGAUUAUAAUUAUGAUAUUUUGUUUUUUUGUCUUGAUAAAUUUUGUUUGUGUGGAUAUGUUUUUUUAUUGGUGCACAUGUAACCCAAAAGUGGGGGAGUUCUUUAGUGAUGAAUUGAUUUGUUAAGCUGUUUUCUCGCGCCCUUGUCAAGUUUGUUGUUGUUUAGUUUGAUUUUAGGUUUGCUGGGGUUGUUGUAAGGAAUUAAUCACAAAACAUGUUUUUGACAUGUAAUUCUCUUUAAGGAUGUGUUGUUAGGCCUGCAACAGUUGUAACGGUUCAACAAUUAAGUAAUGAAAUUAAAUAAAUCAGGAACUAUUUCGAC